UGUUUUUUCCAGUUUCCACAGGGCUCCCUGCAGACUGAGCGUUCAUCUCUCAGCCUUUGCAUUGUUUUCUCUUUUUAUUUAUGUGUGUGAGAAUAUGAGAGUGUGAGCCCGUAGGAUUGGAAACAUGAGGAGUCUGCUGUUGCUGCUUCUGGGGCUCGUCCUCCACCAGGGCUGCUGCUUGGAGUUUGUGAUAGAUGGAGAAUGGGACGAAAAGGCAACGGACAUGCGGGAUCAUCGGGAAAGGCACAAGAGAGCGAUAUUGCCCAACGAGGAGCGGGAGCAUGACGAGGGCAUCCAAGGGGAAAACAUCACAGUCAAGAGCUACAAGGUGGAGAGUCGCAUCACAUCGCGCUUCGCUCACACCACCGUCAAGAGCUCAGUAGUCAAUUCAGGCUCCAAGUCUCAAAGCAUCGCCUUCAAUGUGCAGAUCCCCAAACAGGCUUUCAUCUCCAACUUCACCAUGAAUGUGAACGGCAUCACAUUCGUGGGAACCGUGAAGGAAAAGACUGUGGCCAGGAACCUGUACGCCCAGGCCAGAGCGAGAGACAAAGCGGCAGGCAUCGUCAGAUCGAACUCCCUGGACAUGGAGACCUUUAAGACAGAGGUCCACGUUCCUGCCGGCAGUAACAUUGAGUUUGAGCUUCACUACCAGGAGAUGCUGCUCAGAAAGCUGGGCGUCUACGAACACACGCUGUACCUGCAGCCUGGGAGGCUGGUGCCACAUUUCAAUGUGGAUGUGUACAUCUAUGAGCCAAGUGGGAUUUCCACGAUACAAGCAUCAAACAGCCUUGGUGCACAACUGUCAGAGCUGACUCAAGUUACAUCUUCCAAAGACAAGGCUCAUGUUGUCUUCAAGCCAACGUUACAGCAGCAGAGAAAAUGUCCCGACUGCUCAGACACUGUCAUAGAUGGCGUGUUAACAGUCAGAUAUGACGUGACCAGAGACAGCAACGUCGGUGAACUGCAGGUUUCGGAUGGCCACUUUGUUCAUUUCUUUGCUCCAUCCAACCUCUCCCCACUUCCUAAAAACAUUGUGUUUGUCAUUGACGUCAGCGGGUCCAUGUGGGGCGUCAAAAUGAAGCAAACAGUGGAGGCCAUGCAGGCCAUCUUGGACGACCUGACCAUGGAGGACAACUUCAGCAUCAUAGACUUCAACCACAAUGUGCGCUGCUGGAGUGAGGAGCUGGUACCCGGCUCUUCUAUCCAGAUCGCAGAUGCCAAAAAAUACGUGCAGAGCAUCAAACCCAACGGAGGCACCAACAUCAACGAGGCGCUGAUGAGAGCAGUUCAGAUGCUGGUGAAGGCGUCCAAUCACGGGCUCAUCGAUCCUCGCUCUGUGUCCAUGAUCAUUCUGGUGUCUGAUGGAGACCCCACUGUUGGAGAGAUUAAGCUCAGCACCAUCCAGAAGAACAUCAAGCGAGCAAUGAGAGAGGAGUUUUCUCUCUUUUCCCUGGGCAUUGGUUUCGAUGUGGACUACGACUUCCUGGAACGCAUCGCUAUGGAGAACAGAGGACUUGCUCAGAGGAUCUAUGCCAACCAUGACGCUGCACAGCAGCUACGAACAUUUUACAGCCAGGUUUCCUCUCCUCUGUUGAGAAGGAUCGCCGUUCAGUUCCCAGAUGACUCUGUGACAGAAGUCACCCAGAACCGCUUCGAUAAGUACUUCAGCGGCUCGGAGCUGGUGGUGGCCGGGAAGGUGCUGCCGUCUGAGAGCGACAGGCUGACCAGCUUCACCACUGCCUCAGCUGCCCGUCUGGACAUCACCUUGGAGACAGAGGUGGACAUGACGGAGCUGGACAUGGAGCUGGCCAAACAGCAGCACUCUUUCACCGGCUUUGCCAAACAGAUGUGGGCUUACAUUACUAUUAAACAGCUGAUCAGUGAAAGGUCUCUCGCUCCUACAGCCGUCAAAAAGAGGAAGAUCACCCAGCGGAUCAUGACUCUGGCUGUGGAGCAUCAGUUUGUCACCCCACUCACCGCUCUGCUGGUGGAGAGCGAGGACGCCAAGGAGAGGCUGCUGGCCGACUCCCCAAAGGACCCCAAACACGGCUGCUGUUCAGGACAAGCAUUUGCUGGCCCCUCUCCCGUGCAGCUCGUCUACCAACCCCCGCCCUGGGUCCAGAUGACCACGCCAGCUCCCUUGAGAGAGGUGGAGAAGGGUCCCAUAGCGUUUCAUCUACCCGAUAAGGUUAACUUAGUGGACAACGACCCUCACUUCAUCAUCCACCUGCCUGGAAGCAACACGGACGUCUGCUUCAACGUCGACUCCAAACCGGGUCACAUCCUCAGCCUGGUGUCAGACUAUGGAACAGGUCUGGCGGUGACUGGUCAACUAAUCAGCUCCAAACAGGAGCACAAAGGCAAACUCCGCACAUACUUCGGGCUCAUCUCAGUCUACUACAAGCCAGAAGGAGUCAGCGUGGCGGUCAGCACGGAUCAAAUCACCAUGACUGACGGCAGGAACAACCACUCUUUCACCUGGGAGGCCACAACUGACCUCACACAGGAUGGCGUGAAGAUUUCCAUUAAGAAGAAUUCUCAUGUCACCGUCACAAUAAACAAUAACAUCCAGGUGAUGGUGCUGCUUCACCGUGUGUGGAGGAAACAUCCUGUCAAUGUUGACUUCCUGGGGAUUUACCUUCCUAACACCAACCAGUAUUCACCCGUGGUCCACGGACUCAUAGGUCAGUUUUCUAGAGAGCCUGAAGUGAGUGUGUACGACAUCCACGAAGGAGCCGAGCGUCUGAAGAAGGAGGCCACCAUGGAGGUGAAGGGCAACAAGCUGAUCGUCACCAGAGGUUGGCAGAAGGACUACAGGCAUGAUAAGAAGCAGGGCUCCAACAUCUACUGCUGGUUCAUUCACAACAGCGGGAAGGGCUUCAUCGACGGCCAUUACACAGACUACAUAGUUCCACAGCUGAACAGCUUCAUCCAGAUGUUCUGAGCAGCUGGAUGCACACACCCCACGCCGCCAUCAAGCUGCCAUCAACCCUCUGUCAUGUUAAAAUAAAACAGCUUAAAAAAAAAGGGUAACUAGGUGCCCUUUUUUCACUGAUGUGUCAAGUGUGAUUACAUUUGAAACAGUAUUGUUCCCCACAAGAGUCACUUUUGUCAACUUUAUUUGAACAAAGAUCUACAUCCAAAAUGUUGAGAUCAACCUGAAUAUUGUCACAAAAUUUAAAAAAAGGACAAAAUUUAACCAUUGCUUUUAGGAUCCCUGAUUGCUUCAAAAGUGUGAGUUAUUGGAUGCAUGUAUGUACAGGUGAAUGUUGGGGGAUUAACUCUGACACAGUAGAGUCCCUCAGCCUGACGGCUGCCUGAUGUUCAGACGUUUGCGUGUUCAGGCCAGUUUUGAGAAGUCUUCAUAGGCGAUGUCCACCCUCUUCCCUUUCUGAUGACCCUGUAGAUGAAGAAAAAACCCACAACAUCAAAAUCUACAGUAAAGCCCUGAGAAAAA